AGGACAAGCUUCACCGAUGAUUGUGGCGAAGAUACUGAAGGGGUCGCAGCAUUCUCACAUUUUCAAACUCACAAUAUCCUCACAGAGCCAAACAGAAAUACGCUUCGAAGCAAUCCAAAACUACUAAAUCAUCACCAUGUCUCCUACCGCCACCAUUGCCACUGCUUCUCUCGCCGCAGAACUCAAGGCGUUCCAAGACAAGUUCAUGGCCAGCAUCCCCAAGGAAGUUGGAGAGCUCUUGCUGGCCAAGACAGAAGAGCUUGCCAAAUCGGGUGUUGUGGAAUCUGCCAUCAAAGUCGGCGACAAGGCGCCUGACUUUGUUCUUCCCGACGUUGAAGGCAAUCCAGUGAGCCUUGCGGAGUUGCGUGCCAAGGGACCUGUGGUGCUGACCUUUUAUCGCGGAAGCUGGUGUCCUUACUGUAACAUAACCGUCCACAACCUGCAACAAUACAUGAGCAAGUUCCAAGCCAAGGGAGCUACGCUGGUUGCAAUCUCCCCCGAGUUGCCCGACUACGUUGUCAAGAAGACUCAGGAAGAAUCGUUGACCUUUCCGGUGCUCAGUGAUGUUGGUAUGACCGUGGGCAUGAAGUUUGGUCUCAAGUUUGUCUUGCCACUUGAGCUCCAAAAGGCCUACGCUGAAUUUGGAUUGGAUGUCCCCUCGCACAAUGGUGACAAGACCUUUCAGCUGCCCUUGCCUGCAACUUAUGUGAUUGACAAGGACGGGUUGGUGACCUAUGCUUUCGUGAAUGCUGAUUACACCAAGCGUGCAGAACCCGAGGAAGUCUUGAAAGCGAUUCCCUAGCUCUGUGAGUGAUUUGCCAGCCGUCGAAGCCUCGAUUGGACCCCCGUUCGUCUCUCCAAAACAAUAGUAACUAAUGCCAACUAAGCGGAACCACUUGAAUG